GUGCCUAUAUUCUCACCCGUAGCAACGGAUGUCCGUGUGAAAUCGCAAGAAUCGUGUAUGUAUUGGUCAUAUUCGUCAAAAUCAAGUCAUCAAGACUUGUAUGUACAACAGUACGUUAAGAGCAGCGUACACUUAACUCACAAUCAGCUGACAAACUUCCCAAAUAUCUUCGAAGCGACCAUGUCAAAUUUGGGAAAUAGAGUGGAACGAACAUUCCUUCAGUAUCACCCCUGACUAUAGAAUUGUAGGGCAAAAAGUUGAAAAAUCAUAUAAACUGCACUGCGGAGACCUUUACCUGCUUCACGAUAUGCAGGACCAGCGAAGUAAAAUUUUCUGUGGUAUACAGUGCCAGUUUUCACUUCAAUAAUCAGGCUCGUGUAGAGGGUAAAAAAAAUUUGCCAGUCUUUUUUAUUAAUAGUGCUAAUGGUUAUUUUCGAAUAUUGUUUUACAUUCACAGUAUUUUAAGUAUUUCCGAUUUCUAAGCUAUAAAGUAUUCCUCAAUAACUACGGUUACAUCGCCGGUUCUGACGAUAUGAGAACCAGAAACGAGGAAUUUAUUCAUUUAUGGAUGUGCCGAAGCGCACGUUCGGAAAAUAACACUGAGCGCGAGUACGCAAAACUUCAAAUUCAUGUUUUAAGAUAUCCAAAUCUACAUCAUGGAAAUAUAUCUGACGGUCAGAAUGAAGCUGGUGAACGGAGCUGUACGUAAUAUGUUUGCGUAUACCGAACCUAGAAACCUAGUGUUCUAUAUUUAUACCAGCCCAGUCGUUAUGCAGGACAGAUUAAAUUUCAUCCUAACUUUUUCUUUUACAAGGGGAAACGCUGUACUUGAUAAGGCUUAUUAUUACUCCAACGAAUCAACAUGAGAGCCCCUUCUGAACUUUUAAAUCAGCGUUAUCGUAAUUUACGUUUGAAGAAGUGGAUAUAUGUCGUUCUCGCUGAUUACCCAAAACUUCAUAAUGUAUACGUAUCUACCGUGUGACCAUAUUUAUUCUGUCAAGGUUUACAGCCAGGCAAAAUCGUAGCAGAGCCUUGCUAACGUUAAGUUAUAAAAAGAGCCUGGCUCGUGCGAUCCAGUGGGUUUAGUCUAGAGUAAAAUAUGUUUAAUGUAUGUGCAUGCCUAUCGUACAUGUAGCACAGCAUACGGUGCAUUCGAAGGUGGCAAGGUUCCUUUUUUUGUGAUUCGGUUAAUGACGGGCCUAGCUGACCAAUGUGCGCAUACAAUAUUGUACCGAUGAUUGAAUAUUAUGACUUAUAUGAAAGUUUUCGGUAAGAAAGUGGACCCUCGGAAAGAAAUCUCUCGUUGUGAACGCCGGUUUCAGCUCUCGAUAUUACUUUGUCUUUUUUAUUCACGUAAACGGAGAAAGUACAGGUAUGUUCAUUGGCCGGUAGAAGACUCCUCGCAGCCGAGCGAUUAGCUCUCUCGAAAUAUUACAGGUAAAUGAUCGUGCGAAAGUCAAAAUUACAAAAAAAAUCACGCGAAUGAUGGACAGCCCGAUCCACAACGCUUGUCUAAUCACCUAUUAUUAUGCCGUGAAUUAAAGUUGAAUUUCUUAAACUACCUGCCGAAGCUACUGCUCCUUAUAACUUGCGAAAGGUUGAUGCUGUGAUGACAAACAGGCUAUUGCGUGCAUUCUGCUUUUUCCAAUUUAUUUCAGGAAUCUCUCCCAAUUGCUUUCAUAUUCCUUUACCACACCAGAAAUCAUACAUAUAAUUAUGUUUAUGUGUUGUAAAAGUUCUGGAACUUUCGUAAUUCAAUAUUGUUCUCAAUCGACUUUGACUCGCGUUGUGCAAUCGUUACGCAAGAUGGCUUCGUUGCAAAUUAUUCGUAGCCUUAUCAGCUAGUAGCCAUGAUUUGUAGCAACGAUAUCAAUCGCUGGUCCAUACAAGGCCGAUCGCAUAUGUCGGAGCUUUGUCGUACGCAGCAAAGUCGCCGACACGGCGUGAUGCACCUGGAAAAGUACGCCAGUACCGGCGACGAGGAGCACCGUCAUCCCCUCGGCAACGCCGCUCAGGAAGACUUCCAACGAUCCAACGGCUCUCUCGCGAGCCAGACCUGCUGGGGUUCCUCCGUCAGCGAGGCCAGCAGCCUCUCCCCCCUUCUCCUGAGCCCUCGGGACCCCGGUGACUGGGAACAGUACGGCACCACCCUCCAGUACACCUGCUUUCCCUAUCCACCGAACUCCGCCGCUCCUCCGAGACCGGACAGCGCGGCCGCCGACGCGAUGCCGACCUGGUGCUGCCUCUACGGGGAGGCCGACGACGCCGCCGCCGCCGACGCGUCGUCUUCGUCUCGGCACAAGCUACCCUCGAUGGGAACCGCGUUCUCCAGGUCCUUUUACCCCCCGAACACCACCGCCGACUGCGCGACGAGCUUCGGUUCGCAACUUUACGGUAGCCAGCAGCAGAGCCUCGCCAAUGUCACGGACGAGUUCGACCUGAGCCUUAUUCGCGGCGACCCCACCUCCCUCUUCGCCGGAAACGGAUCGCCGCCCUGCCCGACUCCCUAUCUGGACGACCUCCAGGAGGAGCUGGAUCCCUUUGCCGGAUUUAACAACUCCUGUUACGCGGUUGGACACCUCGUGUCCUCACCACCGACACCCGCGUCUCAUGGAUCGACGACGUCGACGUCGCCUUACUACCGGAACAGGGGACAACUCAACGGAACUUCCGCCGCCUCCACCUGCCUCCUCGACGAACCGUUGAUCGAGAAUAGCAACCAAGUCGUCCUGCCGCAGGACGAGGGACUCCUUCUCGCUAACGACCGUGAGUCCAUGUUCACCUCGACGUCGCCCACGAUUCCGGAAACGAUCAAGUUGGAGGCUCCGACUGUCGGCUGUUCCGUAACAGAGGAUUCCUCAUUCGGGCCGACUUACCAGUGUCGGUGGAUAGACUGCGGAUGUGCUUUUCCGGAACAGGCGAGUUUGGUGCGGCACAUUGAGAGGCGGCACGUCGAGUCAUCGUCGUCGGGAGCUCACAGUCACAGCAAAAGAAUUCAACGGGAUUCAACGUCUGGCGAAUCCGGCGCCAUGGUGCCAAACGCACCUCAGGACGAGUUCGCCUGUCUCUGGGAAGGAUGUCCGCGAGCCAGGCCCUUCAACGCGAGGUACAAGCUUCUCAUCCACAUGCGGGUGCAUAGCGGAGAAAAGCCCAACAAGUGUCCGUUCGCAGGCUGCAAAAAGGCGUUCUCGAGGCUGGAGAAUUUGAAAAUUCACCAAAGAUCGCACACCGGUGAAAGGCCCUACGCCUGCCAGCACAGAGGCUGCUCGAAGGCCUUUAGCAACAGCAGUGACCGCGCGAAACAUCAGAGAACGCAUUACGACACGAAACCGUAUGCGUGCCAGGUGAGCGGUUGCGGAAAGCGAUACACCGAUCCGUCCAGCCUUCGUAAACACGUCAAGAACCACGCGGAACCCGGUCCAGGGUCGUCGGGUCCCGGAAGCAGAGGAUCGAGCAACGGGAUGUCGUGCAAGGCCUCUUCGACGCGUCUAAACUCCGGUCCAGCAGCGCAACGGCUUCAGCAAAAGACGUCGUCGAUUGGGGCGGACGUCGCUGCAACGGGGACCACCUUCCGUCCACGGUUGGGAUCCGAUCUCGAUCUCGGGAUUCACUACGAGGACGAAGAGCUGCUCCUCUCGACUGUAUGCGGCGAGGAUCGCGUCCCAACCCCUUUGGACGAACGCCACGAGUACAUUCCCUUCGAGUCCGUGCGCCGUUUUCUUAUCGGAGACGCAACCCACGUAGAGGUCACCGACGCCACGGUUUAUGCGGAAGGCGAUGUCUCUGACUUUCAAGAACUGGGAUCCGAUAUCGAGCAACAGUUUCUGGAGCUGAGUAAUUUGGACGAAUCGGUAUUUAUCGGAGGUUAAUCGAUUUUUUCUAUGAUAGGCGAGGCGAUGUAGGAUACAGCGUAUGUUAAUGUUAGGUAUGGGUAUGUAACGAUGACCAAAAAACAAAUGUGCCAAUAAUACAUUAUGAUCUCAAUGCUCAAACGAUCAAAUUAUAUAAAGUAAAUUUAUAUUAGAGUUUAAGAAUGUUGUGAGAAUUAUUUUAAAGCACACUGUAAGUGCGAUAUGUGGAUACUCGAUUGAAACGUGUACUGUACAUUAUGCUGUAUCGCACAGUGGACCAAUAUUACGCGUGAUUUUACCAAAGUACUUCCCAUUAAAAGAAUAUAUUAGAACGAAUUUAUCUCGAGAAGAUUAAUUUUUAUACAUUCAUAUUUCACGUAAGAAAAACACGUGAGAAAAAAAAAAUUGUUUCUGUAUAUAUAGACGUGUAUGCCGAUAUACUAUUUUGUAUAUAUAAACUUGUACAUAAGAUAACGGAAAUUUUGUAAAUAUAUGAUAACUUUUUUUAUCA